AAUUGGGACACAUGCACUAAUUUUGAACUUUGUGCUCUCUUGGGAUUGCAUGGGGUGACAUGGCCCUCUCCAGCGGUAGUCUUGUAUACUGGAGACUCAGUUCUGCUCCUCAUGGACACACUGAAUACAGUUGUGUCAUCUUUUCAGGACCCUCUUUGACUUUGUUUCAGUUCAUUGCUACCUAGAUUGAAAACAGUAUUGACUUUGAUUACAACUUUGUAUGUCCCUCUUCACCCUGGGUUUAGAAUGACUGGAAACACUAACUAGAGGCAAAUCCCAGGGGUAAAUUUUCUUCAAGUUGACAGUAGAAUCAAGCCAAAUCCAAGGUCUCCUAAAAUAUUUGUCUCCAAGAGUGGAGUUGCAAAUAGAUGCUACAAGGGAUCAAGUGUCGACCAUGACCACCUGGGAGUCAGGUUGUGGAUAAAAAGAAUGUAGGUCCAAUAUUGCCAAAUGUUCUGAUUUUUUAAAAAAUCAAUUAUAUGAGAACUCUGCUGAUUUUUAAGUGUUAGAAAUUAAGUUUUAAAAAAAUUAAAUCCUGUGAACCCACAGAGUACAUUUGUGAACUAGUACAGGGCUGUAACACUGAUCUUGCUGUGUGAAGCAGGGGAUCUCAGAGAUGAGUCAAAGGAGGCAAGCACAAGAUCAUCUCUGGGAGGAACAUUCCUGUAGGCAGACUCCAGGACCAGGACCCCACCUCUUUGCUGACACUCCCAUGCUCUGCCUAGAAGACAUGGUUCCUUACCCCAGAAAGUAAAGUACAAUCAUUCUCCUUCCCAUUUGGGGCUUUAGUACCCAGGGUCAGAAGGCAAAGGGAACCUAAGGGGGUGGCAUCUGGAACUCCUGGACAGUUGGGUCAGGCCUCUUUACCACUGUUUCUGAGCUGGAGUAGGUUUGGAAAAACCAAAUUUAUCCCACAUAUUGCCAGGUGUAGGCAUCAGGAUGGGCUACAGGUGGUCCCAGCCUAUUUCCUUAGUUCACUCCUAGGGAGAGAACUCUGUGCCAGUCUUGGAGGGACCCAGAGGACCCCCUGAUCAGAGGAGGCUUAAUUGAAUCCAGGGGCCUCAAAGAAGUGCUGUGUACUGAAAAAGAACGUCUUCCCUCCACUCAGCAAAGCGCCACUUUUUCAAGGAUGACUGCAAUGCUCUCUUUGAAACAUUAUCAGAAUCUUUCUAAAAACGCAUCGCCCUAUUUUUUCGUUUCGGUGCCCUGCUUGGCGGGCAUCACAAAUACGUGCUUGGUAAAAGAAUCGUCUUUAGCAGGCAUUGCUGAUCUGGGAAUUGCCUUCCUGCCAAGAGCAGGUGCAGCCAAGGCCUGGGAUCCCAGACACGGAACCCUCGAAGCUGGGAACCCUAUAGGGCUGCCGCUGCGUGGGGAACGGGAUCUGGAAGGGACUUCCUGUUGUCCCUAAUCCUGGUCUCCGCCUGAUUCCCCCGCCGGCCCAGCGCUGGCUGCAGAACCCCCCUUCCCUGGGGAGGGGCCCGGCUGCCCCUGGUGCCUCCUCUGCCAUCCUGCACCUCGGCUCAUGGCCAAAAGCAGGAGGGGGCUUGGCCAGCAAGCAGGAGAAACAACUUGUUGUUCUUCCUAGCUCUCAAACAGAAAAUGUCUGCAGAUGGUGGAAGCAUCCAGGCUGCUGAGAACAAGGAGAGAGCCCAGGAGGUUCUAGGUCAUGUGCACUCCUGUCAAGAAAUGCUCUCUGGACUGGAGAAGAAGAUACCACACAUUAAGACAGAGCCGGAAGAGGUGCACUCUGAGGGGAGCUCACAGGAGGACAGGGCUCCAGGUGCACAGGAUUGGGUGCCUCUAAGUCCUGGCCCUAAGGAGAAAGCUCUCUUCUUGCCUGGGGGAGCCCUUCCUUCUCGGAUCCCCAUGCUUUCCCAUGAGGGGAGGACCCGAGAUCGGCAGAUGGCCGCAGCGCUCCUCACUGCCUGGUCCCAGAUGCCAGUGACCUUUGAAGAUGUGGCUCUGUACCUCUCCCGGGAGGAGUGGGGACGUCUGGACCACACCCAGCAGAACUUCUAUAGGGACGUGCUACAGAAGAGAAAUGGGCUGGCCUUGGGGUUUCCCUUCAGCAGGCCUCUCUGGGCCGCCCAAGUGCAGGGAAAGGGCGAGGCUGCCAGCUCCAGCCGGCAGACGGGAGCUGAGAAGGAAGAGAAGAGAGGCCCUGGUUCAGGAACCUUGGAGGUGGGGAAGGAGGUGCCAACUGCACCCAUGGGAGCCCUAGGGGAUGUGAAGCCCUUGCCAACCAAAACCCGGCGGGCCCCAGGGGGUGUCCUGCAGUGGGGGCAGCAGGGAGCCAGUGGUCAGAACGCUCUGUCAGCCAGAGAUGCAGAACAGCUGGCUCCUCUGGAAGCAAGAGAGUCAAAUCCAGCCCCUCCUGUGAAGGCACUGGAGGGCCAUGACCCAGAAAAACCCAACAAGGACGAGAAGGGUGCCACAGACAGCGGUGAGGAGGGCCUGGCCCCUGAUGGUGAUCUAGGCAAGAAGACCUACAAGUGCGAGCAGUGUGGCAAGAGCUUCAGCUGGCAUUCGCACCUGGUGACACACCGGCGCACGCACACGGGUGAGAAGCCCUACGCCUGUACGGACUGUGGCAAGCGCUUCGGCCGCAGCUCGCAUCUCAUCCAGCACCAGAUCAUCCACACCGGUGAGAAGCCCUACACCUGCCCCUCGUGCUGGAAGAGCUUCAGCCACCACUCGACACUGAUCCAACACCAGCGCAUCCACACUGGUGAGAAGCCCUACGUGUGUGACCGCUGUGCCAAGCGCUUCACGCGCCGCUCGGACCUGGUCACACAUCAGGGCACCCACACUGGUGCCAAGCCGCACAAGUGCCCCAUCUGCGGCAAGUGCUUCACACAGAGCUCAGCCCUGGUCACCCACCAGCGUACCCACACUGGCGUCAAGCCCUACCCUUGCCCAGAGUGUGGCAAGUGUUUUAGCCAGCGCUCCAACCUCAUCGCACACAACCGCACGCAUACAGGCGAGAAGCCCUACCACUGCCUCGACUGCGGCAAGAGCUUCAGCCACAGCUCUCACCUCACUGCCCACCAGCGCACCCACCGCGGUGUGCGGCCCUACUCCUGCCCACUCUGCGGCAAGAGCUUCAGCCGGCGCUCCAAUCUCCACCGGCAUGAGAAGAUCCACACCACUGGUCCCAAGGCCCUGGCUAUGCUGAUGCUGGGAGCUGCAGCUGCUGGGGCUCUGGCUGCACCCCCACCUGCUCCCACCUAGGGUGGGGGCAGCGCACCCAGGGCAGCUGCGACAGCCCCAUUGAAUUUGGGCCCUGUGUAGGAGCAACAGCCUUUGCUCCUGGCCUUGGUGGAGGUGGUGGGAGCCAAGGGUUGAGGGAAGGGAGCCUGGGAAGUACAGGCGCAGGGUGGGGCAUGGCAACGUGGGAGGAGCUUGGGUGAGAAGGCACAGGCACUUAGGGCAAAUUAAAGACCUUGGAAUUCAA